CUUGCUUUUAAAUAGAUUAACUAAAUGCCACAAUAACAUAAAAACCAUUAUCUUAGAGAAAAGUUUAAAAGAAAACGUGAAAGUAUGGAGAGGAUACCUUCACUUGCAUCCCUUGUUAGCUUGCUUAUCAUAUUUGCCACAGUUGUUAAUCAGACAAGAGCAAGUAUCUGUAACGACAGACUAGGCCUUUGCGAUGGUUGCGAUCAAAGAUGUAAGGCCAAACACGGGCCAUCGUGCGAAAGUAAAUGUGACGGGCCGGUUGGAAUGUUGCUGUGCACGUGCACUUACGAGUGUGGUCCAACAAAGCUUUGCAAUGGUGGGCUUGGCAAUUGCGGUGAAAGUUGUAAUGAACAAUGUUGUGAUAGGAAUUGUGCACAAAGAUACAAUGGUGGACAUGGAUAUUGUAACACCCUUGAUGAUUUUAGUUUGUGCUUAUGCAAGUACCCUUGCUAAAACAAGUUGACAGAAUUUGGAAACCAAUUAGCUUUCUUUGUAACUGUAACUGCGAUAAUAUGGUAA